CGCGAUAAACGGCAAGAGAAGCCAAAGAUCGUCAGAGCAAGUUUGGAAAGAAAACCUUUAAUAGGCAAAUAUGGCUCAGGUAACUGAGAUCCUUUCCUGUAAUCGUAUGAUCAAAAAGGCACACAAGCUUGACCACGGAGGAAACCUUAUGAUGGCAGCUUUGCCUCACGGAGACCUUCAAAUCUUAAUAACGUUUACUGGAAGCCACAGGAAUGAACGAACAGAUUUUAAAGUUGACCAAUCCCUUCAAUAUAUGGCAAAUACCUUUAGUAUUGAGUUAGAUGGCAACCUCUACUACUUGUGUGCAGAAGGGGACAAGGUGUUUCUACAGAAACUGGUUGCCAAACAACCCAAUGACAAAAAAUACAUGUUUGAAGUUAAAUAUGUAAAUGACAGCAGCAAUUAUAUGUCUAUUAAAUCAAUAAAAACUGGGAAGUACCUUGCUAGUGAUGAGGAUGGCAAAGCAUUUAUGGAGGAAGUCAACCCCUCCUCAUUGGUUGAUGGUCAGCCAAUAGACAGACAAACAUGGUUUUAUCUGCAUCGCAUGGAAACAGUGAAAAGGGAAAGAGAAAGUACCUUACACAGUUGUUACUGUGAUGGUGCAAGUCUUGACUAUUCAGUCCUGUAUCAAACUCAAGUGGAAGCUUGUUAGGUGUUAAUAAAUUGCAAUUUUAAAAUAUGUGUAGAGGAAUA